CUCGGAUGUGGGGUUGAAGUUAGCUGGUGUCAGACAUGAGCCAGUUCCUGGGUCGCCAGGACUGUAUCGAGAGCCUCCGGGGAGACCUGGUGGAUCUUCAGGGAGCCAUCCUGGACGUGUUCUCCAGAACUGGACCGCUCCGCGUCCCCUCCUGGAAGUUCCCCGACAAACUCUCCUGCAACCUGGACAUGGUGGCUCUGCUGGGCCAGUACGACUUUGUGGAUGGGGAGAGUGAAUUCAACCAGCACUCCCACAUAGUCUUACUGGAGCUUGUGAUUGACAGACUACUGCUACUUCUACAAAGCUCCAGUUCUUAUGUUGAGCAGCUGAGGUGCAGCCACAGGAGAGAACAAACCCAGCAGAAAAGAUGCCUGUCAGUUGGUCUCGUGGUCAGAAACUACUGGAGUAAUUUAGUUGAUUUUGCCAGCCUUAUGGGCACUGUCAAAGACAUCAAGAAACAGACAACACCAAAGAGAGUUGACUGUGAUGACACAGAGAUGGUGUCGGGUGCUUCCCCCCAGAUGACCUCAAGGAGUGACAGCUGCCGACAUUGUUCAUCUUCCUGGUCUUCAUCAAGCUCCUUUAAGUUUAUGCCCGAGAACCAUUCAGCAUUUAGUCCUUCCCACAACACCCCAUGCUGUCCUAAAGUGGACAGCCGCAGUGUGAGCUCUCAGACAGUGGAAUCAUCCCUCUCUACCUGCAACGCCUGUCAUCAGGUGCAGUCCACCUUGAGAAAGACAGGAGAUGCUUUGGUAGAACUGUUUCAGAGUGAGGGCCUGCCAUCCUCUCUGCAGCCACUGUUGGCUGCUGUGGAGGAGACCCUGGAGCUCGGACACAUGACAACAGGGGAUGUUGCCCAGUUGGCCAAUGAGCAGCUCAGGGACCUGCGCCGGCUGGAAAAACAUCUGCAAGAUGUGCGGGCUACUGUCCACCCUCUUAGGGAUAGUUUAGCAGCAGCAGAGACAGAGCGGGAUAAAUUCAGGACUCAGUGGGAGAGAGCACGGAAAGACUUCAAGCAGGAGACUGAGAAACACCAGGCAACAAUUGUCCAGCUGGAGUUUUCACUGAGUAAAGCACAGAGGUCCAUGAAAGAAACAGAGAAAAAGUUACAAGUGGAGAAACAACAACACAAGAGAGAGAUGUUGUCCUUGGAAGAGAGAAAUUCCACACUAAAAGAAAAAGUAGCAAUGCAGGAACAUGCAUUGCAAGCACUUGAAUGUGAGAAGAUUGCACUACAGGAAAAAGUGAAGUCCUUGCACUUGGAGGAAGAGGUCUGUUGUAAACUACAAAAGAGGAUCCAGCAACUAGAGAGUCACAUCUCUGAAACUCAAGUUCUUCUUGACAAGGAGAACGCCAAGUACCACAGCGCUUGUCGCCAGCAAGAGUCAAUGCAGGCAAAGCAGAGGUCUUUGUUGGAGAGAGUGGAUGCUCUUGAUGAAGAGUGUGAAGAGCUGCAGAGGCAGUUGGGAGAGAAAGAGGAGAGACAGAGCGCCCUAUGCAAUGACCUGCAACAGAUGUCAGAGGAGAAAGAGCAACUGCAGGCUCAGCUCACACAACAGCAGGACUUGGGUUUUGAGCUUCCAAAGGAAAAGGAGACGAUGGAAACAAACAUGGGCGAGCUAAAGAAGAGUGUGGCUGAGCUGAAGGAACAUGUGCAAGCUCUAUUGGAGAGGGAGAAGCUGUUGGUGGCAUUCCCGGAGCUCAGCCUCCAAGUGCAAGCCCGACCACAGAGUACAGGAAAUGUGCUUUUGGACAUGGAGCAACAAAUGCAGGCAAAUUGCAUUCGCAUUAAAGUUCUGGAGCAGGAAAAUGCUACCCUACACAACAGCCUGGAGAAACUGAGGGAGAGAGCACAUUUUGUUUCAAGGCCACAGCAGCAUUGCAGCACGGCUGACAUAAAGUAACAGAGGGAGGGAACCAAACAUACUGUACAUGUCUGGAAUGUAGAUGAUGCUCCGGUGCUCAGUCAAAUGGAGAAGAGUCAAAAUACACAACCGUCUCCAAAUGUAUUGUAUUUGUUAAAUAAAAAUAAAAAUACCUGCGGAUAAACUCAAGUCUUGCUACAAAAACAAUAAUUGAAACAAAUGUUUCGAAACGAUUUUUGAACAGUUUUUGUUUGCUUCC